UUUCGCUGAUGCAAGAGCCUAGUGCGGUGGUGGGAGAAGUGUCGGCAGGAGCAGCGCUGAAGCCGGGGCCUGGGGCUGACCCGUCAGACUUUCCGUCCGUGCCGAGCCCACUCGAGCCGCAGCCAUGUCCGGGGACGAGAUGAUUUUUGAUCCUACUAUGAGCAAGAAGAAAAAGAAGAAGAAGAAGCCUUUUAUGUUAGAUGAGGAAGGGGAUGCCCAGACAGAAGAAACCCAGCCCUCAGAAACAAAAGAAGUGGAGCCAGAGCCAACUGAGGACAAAGAUGUAGAAGCUGAUGAAGAAGACAGUAGGAAAAAAGAUGCUUCUGAUGAUCUAGAUGAUUUGAAUUUCUUUAAUCAGAAGAAAAAGAAGAAAAAAUCGAAAAAGAUAUUUGAUAUUGAUGAAGCUGAAGAAGGUAUAAAGGAUCUUAAGAUUGAAAGUGAUGUUCAGGAAGCAGCUGAACCAGAGGAAGAUCUUGACAUUAUGCUUGGCAAUAAAAAGAAGAAAAAGAAGGUUGUCAAGUUCCCUGAUGAAGAUGAAAUACUAGAGAAAGAUGAAGCUUUAGAAGAUGAAGACAGCAAAAAAGAUGAUGGUAUUUCAUUCAGUAACCAGACAGGCCCUGCUUGGGCAGGCUCAGAAAGAGACUACACAUACGAAGAGCUACUGAAUCGAGUGUUCAACAUCAUGAGGGAAAAGAAUCCAGAUAUGGUAGCUGGAGAGAAAAGGAAAUUUGUCAUGAAACCACCACAGGUCGUCCGAGUAGGAACCAAGAAAACUUCUUUUGUCAACUUUACAGAUAUCUGUAAACUAUUACAUCGUCAGCCUAAACAUCUCCUUGCAUUUUUAUUGGCUGAAUUGGGUACAAGUGGUUCUAUAGAUGGUAAUAAUCAACUUGUAAUUAAAGGAAGAUUCCAACAGAAACAGAUAGAAAAUGUUUUGAGAAGAUAUAUCAAGGAAUACGUCACCUGUCACACGUGCCGAUCACCAGACACAAUCCUGCAAAAGGACACCCGACUCUAUUUCUUACAGUGCGAAACUUGUCAUUCUCGAUGCUCUGUUGCCAGCAUCAAAACUGGCUUCCAGGCUGUCACGGGCAAGCGAGCACAGCUCCGUGCCAAAGCUAACUAAUUUGCUAAUCACCACUGAUUUUGCAAAGUGUGUUUUGGAGAUUUGGCUGGACAGGUUUACCAUCAGAGUGGAUAUACCACUAUUAAAAACAAGAUAGAAAAGCUGCCAGGUUCUUUGGCGUGUGGCUGGUUGGUCUGAAAUUCUUGCAAGAUGCCGUUGCUGAAGCUGUUGACAUACUCAUUGCCUACUUUAACAACUGUCAGAGAAACAUGAUGGGGUAAGGCGGUGCUUUUUUAAAAUCGUUCAUAGACUUCUGUAAAAUGCAAGAUAAAUUAAAGUUAUUAUAACAGUGA